UCGUAAUUGGGGACUGGAGGAGUAAUGUUAAAGAAAAGUCCACACUUCAAGAGUCUCUAGCAACCAUAUAUACACUAACGCCUCUUUUUUCUGUUCCUCCGAUAGAGCUCUCUCUUAAAAAAUGUGUAGGGGAACAAACGUUCUGCUAAAAUGUUUUACAAUCCUCAUCUUUCUUCACAUUUCUCAAACAUGCAAUGCUAGGAAGAGCAGACACUGUGAGCCUUCCACUUGUGGCGAACACUGUGCGCCUUCCACUUGUGGCCAUAUCCAAAAUAUAAGCUAUCCUUUUCGUUUAAAGACCGAUCCAAAACAUUGCGGUUUCUCAGAAGCUGAACUAGCUUGUGAAGAUAACAAAGCCGUUAUAUCGCUGUUCUCCAAGAACUUCGAAGUGCAAGCCAUCAACUAUGAUAACCAGACACUUCACCUGAUAGAUCCAACUAUACAAAAAGAAGAUAUGUGCUCUCUAAUACCUCCUCAGCGUACCUUCCACCAAUACGAUAGUUACCAUUUUCGUCCAUAUUGUAACUACAUUAAUGGAUCAGAACGUAGUAUUAAAAGAGCAGCAGAGCCUAUAUUCAUGUUCACCUGUCCAUUUGUUACUAAUACAUUUCUGGAAAUUAGUGGCUGUGAAUUAAGCAAACACACUUAUUUGAAGAUUGGAGAAAUGAAUGCAUCAGAAGUCAGUGAUGGAUGCAGAAUGCAACUCAUAGCCAUGACUUCUUGGCCUAAUUUUAAAGAUGGCAAUAACAUUUCCCUUUUUGAUUUUCGUCAAGCAAUCAUCUAUGGCUUUGAGCUUUAUUAUAUCGGAUUUAAAGAAAGUAUAUGGUGUAUUGGGUGUAUUGAGAUGCAACUUAAGAUUUUCACAGGGUAUUUGGAAUUAAGAUUUGUGAUUGGCGUACCAUUCAUAAUUGUAUUUCUAGUGAUCAAAUUCAAAAGGAGGCAUCUGUCGAUGUUUGAUAUGAUUGAAGGCUUUUUACGAACACAAAAUAAUUUCAUGCCAAUCAGAUAUAAUUACUCCAACAUAAAGAGAAUGACCAGAGGGUUCAAAGAAAAAUUGGGUGAGGGAGGAUAUGGCAGUGUAUAUAAAGGAAAGCUUCGAAGUGGUAGGGAUGUAGCAGUAAAGAUGUUGAGCAAGCCUAAAGCUGAUGGUCAAGAUUUUAUGAAUGAAGUAGCUACCAUUGGAAGGAUUCAUCAUGUCAAUGUGGUCGGACUCGUGGGGUAUUGUGUUGAAAGAACAGAACGUGCUCUUGUAUACGACUUCAUGCCCAAUGGAUCACUUGACAAGUACACCAUCUCCAGUCAAGAAGAAAGGCAUCUGUUAAGUUGGAAGAGGAAGUAUGAGAUUGUUCUUGGAGUGGCUAGAGGAAUCGAAUAUUUGCAUCGAGGCUGUGAUAUGCAAAUUUUGCACUUUGACAUCAAGCCACACAACAUUCUUUUGGAUGAGAAUUUCAUUCCAAAGAUUUCCGACUUUGGGCUUGCGAAAUUAUAUCCAACAGAUAAUAGCAUUGUGACUCUCACAGCUGCUCGUGGAACGAUUGGAUAUGUAGCUCCAGAGUUGAUCAGUAGAAGCAUUGGAGCAAUCUCUAAUAAAGCUGAUGUUUAUAGUUUUGGAAUGCUACUAAUGGAAAUGCUGGACUUGAAGAGAAAUGUAGUUACGACUGAAGAAAAUUCUAGCCAGUAUUUUCCUUAUUGGGUUUAUGAUAAGUUCAACAAGGGGAAAGAGAUCGUGGUAGAUGAAGAAGCAAAUGAUGAUGAAAAGAAGAUGGCUAGAAAGAUGGCUUUAGUUGCAUUAUGGUGCAUACAAACAAAUCCCGUACUACGCCCUUCGAUGAGUAAAGUGGUUGAGAUGCUUGAAGGUGAAGUUGAAAUUCUAGAAGCACCUCCUCAGCCUCUUCAAUCUCAACCGGUUGUUCCAUUGUCUCAUCAGAUCAUGGAAAGUUCCAUGACAUUUUCGUCUGAUUCAAUAGCUUUAUUAGAAAAUUCUGCUAAUGAUCCCGUUUAAUAUAGUUAAACAUAAGUUAUGAUUGAUUCAUAGUUGAUGUUAUGUUUAUGUAAAAUGACAAGUAUAGCCGACCAAACGAGUUUGGGACUGGGCGUUGUUAUUGUUGUACUAAUAAUGCCGGGGCUAGUUGCCAACCCUACAUGAUA